AGCAGUACUGCAACAUCUGUAUCACCUCCGGAUAUCAUUUGGGACAAAAUCGUAAAAGUAUGAAGUGCCUAUUGACGAUCAUCAUUCUCGUGGCUAUUACCUCGACCAUUAAGACAGAAACGUUUAGAGUCACUGAUCAAGUAUAUUUCGAUAUCAUGAUUGACAAUCAUCCAGUUGGUAGAAUUGUUAUUGGCUUGUUCGGCGAUAUUGCGCCAAAAACGGUGAAAAAUUUUAUCACUUUUGCUACUACUGGUAUAGCUGGAAAGAAAUAUGCAGGGACCAAAUUCCAUCGUGUGAUAAAGAAGUUCAUGAUUCAAGGUGGCGAUGUCGAAAAUGGCGACGGUACUGGUUCCAUUAGUAUUUAUGGAAAAUAUUUCGACGAUGAAACUUUUAAGGUAAAACAUACCGGACCAUUAAUCGUCAGCAUGGCAAACGCUGGAAAGAACACCAACGGUUGUCAAUUUUUUAUUACUACCAUACCAACUCCUUGGCUAGAUGAUCGCCAUACAGCAUUUGGAAAGAUAGUUAGCGGUGAAGCUGUAGUUUUUAAGAUCGAACAGACCAAAACGGAUAGUGAUGACAUUCCACUCGUGCCUGUAAUAAUUUAUGACAGCGGAAUUCUUCUAACGGAACCAUUCACUAUAUCAGAUAACCCUUACGAUGCAUGGGCGUGGAUUAAGGCGACUUGCAUACCGUUGGGAUUUAGCUUCUCGAUACUUGCGAUCUUUCAUUAUAUGAUGAAACAGUUGGACGUCUAAGUAACAAUCUUGAUAUGAAAGACUGAUUUAAAAAA